UGUGACUGAAGAUUCUCAUAUUUGAAAAUGUGCACUCAAACUUCAUGCAGUUACGGACAGAAUCAUGUGAGUACCAGACUCUUGGGCAUUUUAAGUAUUCUAAAAACUUGGCGUGAAAUCCUGUGGUUUAAUGUGAGCAACUUUCAUUUCAAUCAAACUACUUUUAAUUUAGUAGAGCUGUUACAAAUUGUUGCUUGAACACCCACUGGUUAAGGAGAUGGGUUAUUUGAGAUACUGUGUUGGUUGCUGAGUGAUGCAAAGCUAUUUUUCACUACCCGCAUCACGUUUUAUCUCAAUCAUGUGUGAACUCCUUUACACUGUAAGUACAUUAUCACAUCACAAUGUGGUGUGUUGUAGGACAAAUGCAUUAAAGAUAUGAAAAAGUUUGUUCAAAGUCAAAGAAGUUUUCAUUCAUCACAUGUUUCUAACAAUGCAAUGAACAGUGCACAUUUGUGGGAGUUUAUUGCAGCAAGUGCCCGGCUGAUAUGCUCGACGUCAUCGCCAACGUACGUAGUGUCAUUGUGAUGGACCGUGAGCCCUUGCCAAGAAGGUUGUUACUUGUGACUAGUAUCGUUUUAGACAUGAGCGAGGAAACCUUUUUUUUUGUUAGCUUUUCUGGAAAGUUAAACCAAUUAGUCAACCAGCAGCUACAUUAUUGCUGCUGUUGUGCAGGGUCUCUCAGUCCUCAACAAGCUCACUUUUCUUUUUUGUCAGCACUGAUCAUUUUUGAAAGUGUCAGUCAAGGCAGUGAGCAUUCCACAGGGUCGUGUGAGUCUGGCAGGAGGUGGCAGUUAAAGGGCCAGCUGAAGGAGAAGAGGUCCAGGGCUUGGCUGCACUGUUGCUCGGCCGAGGAACAGACUGAGCGGCAGGGCUGGAGAACGCCUCCUUGGGGGCUGCACUGUGGCAGGAACAUCCCACAAACCAGUCUCCGCAAGGGCUCAAAGCAGGCCAGCUCCAUCAGAACCUUUGGUCACAGAGGAGGGAGUUUUGGGUGCUAUUCAGUAGGGUCGUUUUUUUCCAAAAAGCAGUUUUACUGAGAAGCUAUUGUACCCUGUACUGUCGCAGAACUGUGGCAGCUUCUCUCUGAUCGGCGAUGGAGAGCCAGAUGUUGGGGAAUGAGGUGAGGUUGUAGCUGAGACCCAGACACAUCUCCACCUCUAUGGAUUCACAUGCUGAAGCUGGUGGCAUGAAGCAAAUAAGUCAAGAUAUCGACUACACCAAGUCCCUGUAUUGUUUGUUAGGCGUGUCAGUCACACCCUCUGAUCAAGGUCAGCAAUUGCAUUGACUCACUGAAGGGAGGGUAGGUGGAGUUGCCACAAUCUUGUUCAUCUGCUCCGUCUGAACAGUCGUUCCAGCCGUCGCACAACCACUGUGGCUGAAGACACUCACCGGUACUGCAUGCAAACUGGCUCGGACCACAUGUCCCUUUUUAGAAACAACACAAAAAGCACAGGAGGAGUUCACUGGAGUUGGCCUCAUCUUGUUGGUCCUGACAGUGUGGAUGGCCGUCACACACAGACACAGGCAGCAGACAGCGACCACUGUCACACAUGAACUCGUCUCUGGAGCAGCUUUCUGAGAAACACAGAAAGGCAGUAAAGUCCUGUACUGUGCUGUGAAGCCGCUGCCUGCGAUGCUGCCAUCGGAGCGGAAGGUCACCCACACCGUGCUGCUGUUUGUGUUGACUGUUGGUGGAGCGACCACACCGCAGAACCUACGGCAGAGACACACAGAACCUUGAAAUGUGGACGUCAACCGGCACCACUGUAUGAAUGGUAAAGACCUCUAAACUUAGAAGAAGCAGAGACGUACGCGUGAGGAUGAGGGCCAAUGUCAGGCCAAUUGCUGCUACCAGGAGCAGCGCGGCAGCAGAGACCACCACUCUACCCCGACCACAGCGUUGAUGCCGCAGUGGCAGAACACACACCACAAAGAGACCCCAACCUCGGCCUGAAUGGGCAUCCAUUUGGUCUUCUGGCACUAAAUUUCAGAGAUUUCACCAUGUCGACGCAGCCAGCACAAAAUCACCAGCAGGGUGCCUAUUUGGCCCUGAUGAGAGGCUUGAGAGAGGUGGACCUGAGUGGCCAUUCUGUUCCUAGUAACCUGAUUCUGACUGGAGACCAUGCCUUUCCUUUGAUUAUGAACAACCAGGGUCAGAUCCUGAUGGCUGCCUCACAGUACGGCUCCGGAAGGAUUGUGGUCAUAGGUCACGAGGCCUACCUGAGAAAAUGUGGUGCUCUCGUAGAAAAUGCACUGACCUGGCUGAGAGGAGAUGGGUCAGACAACCUGUCAGUGGGCAUCCACACAAGCGUUAAAGCAGUGGCUGAUGAUCUCAGCAGAUCCAGUUUCCAAACCAAAGUUGUGGGGGCAUUCCAAAAGAAUAUGGGUGUUGGUGUGUAUGUAACAGAUGCCUACAGCCUUGGUACAGAUGUGAAUGACCUGGUGGCAUUUCUGAAAAAUGGUGGGGGAGUGUUGAUUGGAGGGCAAGCGUGGAGUUGGGCUGCAAAUCACCCUAAGGAGAACACACUGCUUCACUUUGGAGGAAAUAAACUGUCUGGUGUGGCCGGGAUUUACUUUUCUGAACAUCCGGGUGUGGCUGAAUGGCUGCCUGUGUACCCUCAGAUUCCAUCUUCCUGGAAGGGUGUGGUUGUUGGUAAAGAUUUUGAGGAAGACUUGGAGUUCUUACUGCAGGGGAUAUCCGAGUUUGACAUCACUGGUAAUGCCAUUGCUUCUGAGAUUCUUGUUCAUGGACAACUUGCCUUCCCCCUCGCAAUGACAGAAGAUGGACGGCCAUUUAUAGCCGCCUCCUAUUAUGGACUGGGGCGCGUCAUUGUUGUGAGCCAUGAAGGGUUUCUGGGAAGAGAGGAGCUGGCUCCAUUGUGGAAGAACGUCAUUCACUGGUUGGAUAAAGACCAACAUGGCACCGUUGGCGUCCUGAAACGUCAUGCCUUCGACCUUCUCAAGAAAUCUGGCUUUAAAUGUGAGAUGACCGACUUCCGGAAUGACCUGAGCGUGUUUGUGGGCUCAGCGUACGAUGACAAAUAUGCAGAGGCGAUCCAAAACUUUGUGGUGGAAGGGGGAGGCCUGUUGCUUGGCGGCCAUGCUUGGUACUGGGCACAACAGCACAAAGGCCAAAACCCACUGACAGAGUUCUCAGGGAACAAGAUCCUCAACAAAAUGGGCUUGAGCCUGUUGGGUGCAAUCAUUAGGGGAGGUGUCUUCAAGGCCCCUGUGCCCAGCCAGACUGUCAAAGACACCUACCACUUCCGUCACCUUCUGCAGCGCUUUGCUGCUCAUGUAACUCAGGGAGAGGAUCUUACCACGCAUGACGAGCAAUGCCUUAAAAAGUUUGGAAAGGACUGUACGACCUACUUAAAGAUUAAUGGCCAUGACCGCUGCUCAUACGCUCAGGUCCUGUCCACCCUCACGCAUAUCAUGAAAAAAUCAGGCAUGCCUCAGGUAUGUGACAGCUGCCCAGUGACGUCUCCCAAAGACCAUCUCCUCCUCAAUGUGGGCGCAGAGGUAUACAAGGUUUGCCCCAAUCCUGACAGCCUGCUGCCUUACCUCAUCAAGCAGAACCCCCUGUUGCCUGUUGUCUACAACCACAGGGUUCCAUUGAACGUCAACACAGCAGAAAACGAAGAGUGGAUCAGUACAGGUCUGUACCUGUCUCCUGGUAUGAGGAGCUACAUGGCUAUACCUGCACAGAUUGUCAACAAGAAAUGGAAGGUCCAAAUUGGCUGUCAAACAGAUUUUCUUAAGGCUGAAGAGUUGAAGAGAGCACCCACCGUUUAUGAGGAAUUCCCCAUUACCUCAGCGAUGAUGCAGGUGUGGAACUUGUGGGGGGGUCUCAUCUACUUGGUGGCCCCACCUCAAACCCAAGUGGGAGGCAUAGAGGUCACAGUGCAGGUGGCCGUAUCAGCACCUUAUUAUAAAUCUGGUGUCACAACACCAGCUGAAUGGUCCGUGCUGCGCACAGCUCCUUCCCCCUGGGCAGAGUUGGAGUUUGAGAACGUCGUCCUCACUUUACCGUCUGACGUAGUCCGGAAUGUGGAUCGGCCAGAUCUGUUGGCAACGCUGUGGGACAGGAUCAUGAAAAGCAUUGCUGACUUAGCUGCAAAACCACAAAAAUUUUCCCGCAAAGAACGCUUUGUCGCAGAUGUGCAGAUUUCUCAUGGUUGGAUGCAUGCAGGAUACCCUGUUAUGAUGCACAAAGCUUCGGCAGCUGAUCUGGUCGAUAUUGAGCACGCCAAGAGUAAGGGCCUGUGGGGACCAAUCCAUGAGCUUGGACACAAUCAGCAGAGAGAAAGCUGGGAGUUCCGACCACACACUACGGAGUGCACAUGCAACAUUUGGUCAGUGUAUGUGCAUGAAGAGGUGUUGGGGAUCAACAGGGCAAAGGCUCACAGAGAUCUCACUCCAGAGGACAGAAAGAGUCGACUGGAGGAAUUUGUAAAACAAGGCAAGCCACUCAAGAAGUGGGAGGUGUGGUUGGCUCUGGAAACAUACCUGCAGCUCCAGGAAAGAUUUGGCUGGGAUGCCUUGAAGAGAGUGUUUGCAGCUUACCACACCAUAAGCGACUAUCCAAAGGACAACGACGGAAAGAUGAACCUUUACGCUGAGACCUUCUCCCAAGCUGUGGGAAUGAACCUGUCUGGGUUCUUUAAGGCCUGGAGCUGGCCUAUAGAUAGAGGCACUGAGGAGAAGCUAUCCAAACUUCCUCCCUGGACUGACCACCCCAUGGUCCAGUAUGACUAAACGUUUGACUGCUAUUGAUUCCUGUGCAGAAAGCUACAGAAUCUGCUCUUCUACUCUGUUUGUUUUAUUUUAGUGACAUGAGUACUAUAUUUUAAACUACUCUUGGAGAGGAGGUAUCACUCUCCCAAACAUGUUGCUGGCCUUUUGACGUUUCUCUUUAUAUCGGUUAAAAAACCCAUUUAUUAUGAAAUAUAGACUGUCAGUGAGAGUAACCAAAUGUUUCUCACCUCAUAAUAUCCAUGGAAAAGGGAACCAUUCAUUUUUACACACACAUUCUAUGCAUGAUUGGAAAUAUAAAGUCAGCCAAUAGUCUUGUUCAAAUCAUGCACAAACUGAAUUUGAUCGCGAAACAUCAGUUGUAAUUGUUUUAAACCCCUAACUUCUUUUGCGUAUCAGGAUGUCCGACCAUAUGAUGGUCAUCACAGUAGUUUAUUGUAUUAAUCCAAAUAAGAAACAUUCAAAGUAUCCAUAGUGUUGACAUUAAUUACAGUACAUGUGGGAUAAUGACCACAUGAAUGACAAAUAAGGUUGCAUCCUAAUUAGAAUAUGCAGGACAACACUGCAUGCAUUUGCAAGGCUGUAGGGGACAAUAAAAGGCAUAUUAUGUAAAGUAAGGAUUAUUUUUGAUUAAUUAUGACGUUAUUAAUUGCUUGAGUGCAUGUCCACGUGAUACGUUUCAAUGAAUUCAGUUACAUGAAGCGUUACUAUUCAUGUUGAGUGGCCAGACAAAUAAAUCAUUUGCUGCAGCAACUGUCACUGUAAUUGUCAAUUUGUCGGGUGGAGAACAUCAUGACAGCUACACGAGUACAGCAGGAUUUACAAUUUCAUUAUAAUAGUUUCACCCAUUAUGACAGCUUCCUCACAGCCACAAAUAUAUUUUUUUAAGUUUUACCGUAAUUUCCAGUAUAAAUUUGUAGGCAACAGAAACGGUGGGAGACAGAGCAAAAAAACAGGGCAGAAUGAAAUAACAAUGUGGCAUGUUCUGCAGGACAGCAGCGAGCACUUCCUGUCCUAUGCUCUUAUUUUGGUGUGCUGCACUUCCUGCCCCAGUGGUUUGUUGUGUAGCUGGCAACAGCUGCUAUUAGUGGGGUUUAAAAGCCCAGCGCUGUUUCAUUGUCUCUUUGCCUGUUGCUUAUGUGUACCUCGCUUGUGCUGUCACUUACACGGUUCCCUUACCUGUUACUACUGCCCAAGUCUUCCUUGUAUGAUUUUUCCACAGAGCUUUUUUCACCUCUG